AGUUUGCGACGCAGUUUCCAGUCUACCAUAAGAUCGUCAACACGGCUCGUGGGGAAAGCACUCAGCUGUUGUGACAGGCGAGGGGGAUCUUAACCAACAAAAUUCGCUGAAUACCACCAAGGUUCGUAGAAUUUUCGACAUUUCGUUUGUCAAGAUAGUUCAUCAAGCUAUUCUUCACCUGAUGUACUAAUUCGGGGGACAAACUUUAUCGACACGGCGGCCAGGUAGCGAUCUAAACCGAUACUUCAUAACAAUUCUGGAAAUAGUAUGGAAUCAUUUUAACUAAGAUAUACGAAAACCAUAACAUGCGGAAAGAAGUUGAAAAUGGAGGUGGGUGUAACGGCGCUGCGACCAGACCUCGAAGAUUACUUCCCCGAUUUUCCCUGCGAAGACUUUUGUACUCCAGCCCGCUUCUUGGACGACGUUUUGCCCGCGCGACGAGUUCUAGCAAUCGCACAGCUAAAGCUAAAGAUGCAGUCGACGGAAGAGCAGGAGAUGUAGAAAAAGGCGAAACGCGCGGAACCAGUGUUUCCAGCCAGCCGCAGUCCCACACAAUAGACAUGCAGCAUGUCACGAGCAAAAGCUCUGUCCCCAAUAACGCAGGAACGAGCCUUGAAAAUGGCUUGAUGGAGUGUCCCCUGUGCUUAGCCGAGCUUUCUGCUGAGUCCUUCCCUGUCGUUCAGUCUUGCGAUCAUCAAAGCUGUUAUGAUUGUUACCAGCAAUAUCUCAAGGUUGAAAUAUCGGAAUCCAGGGUCAACAUUGCCUGUCCUGAAUGCUCAGAACUUUUACAUCCCACAGAUAUACGAAUGAUCCUGAAUGAUCAAGCUCAGUUUGAAAAAUACGAAGAUUUCAUGGUGCGAAGAGUUCUCGCUGUUGAACCGGAUACCAGGUGGUGUCCUGCGCCUGAUUGUAGCUUUGCCGUAAUUGCCACUGGCUGUGCCUCCUGUCCUAAACUACGAUGCGAACGACUUGGGUGUGAUUCGUACUUUUGCUACCACUGUAAAGCCAGGUGGCAUCCUAAUCAAACUUGCGACGCAGCCAGAGCGCAGAGAUCUCAGUACUACGAUCGUAGCUCAUCUCUCAGCUUUAGCCAAAGUGACUCGCAACACAGAGAUGAUAUCAAGCCGUGUCCUAGAUGUCAAGUGCUGAUUGUCAAAAUGGACGAUGGCAGUUGUAAUCACAUGACUUGUGCCGUGUGCGGCGCCGAGUUUUGUUGGCUGUGUAUGAAAGAAAUCAGUGACCUUCAUUAUCUCAGUCCGUCUGGAUGCACGUUUUGGGGUAAAAAGCCUUGGUCAAGAAAAAAGAAAAUCCUCUGGCAACUUGGAACUCUGGUUGGAGCUCCAGUCGGUAUUGGUCUUGUUGCUGGUAUCGCAGUGCCUGCCAUGAUUAUAGGAAUUCCCGUCUGGGUGGGACGGAAGCUUUACACGAGAUACGAAAACGCUAACAAACACAAGAGAAAUGCUUUCAUCGCUGGAGGUGUAACUGCAUCGGUCCUAGUAUCUCCGGUGUUAGCUGGACUGGCAGUGGGUAUCGGAGUUCCUAUACUUUUGUUUUAUGUUUACGGAGUCGUUCCUGUGUCUCUUUGCCGAAGCGGGGGCUGUGGAGUUUCAACAAAUGGAGCCGGUGUUCGGUUCGAUUUCGACGAUGAAAAUGAGCUUAUGGGAGCAUUCAGCAACAAGAAUACCGGAGACGCGUCAUCAAUAGAUGCUGCCAGUCACAGAGGUGCGAAUCCCUCGAUCGGAGAAGCCUCGUUAUCUCUGGGUAGCGGCAGUCAGUUAAACGAUCAAGAUGUAGCGACGUACAACUACAUAGUGUCCGCCGGCGCCAGUCUCGCCGCCAGUAUAGCAUCGACACUCUUGCCUGGUGGCCAAAGACUGGAGGUUCAAGCCGACGUAGCAUCCACACAAAGAUUCAGUCUUAGUAGCGAAACUGCGUCAGCCGCUACUAGCCUGUCUGAAAAGUCUGUCAAUGCUUCUAUUGCUCCGGACGACGGUGCAGCUUCAACAAGGGCCUUAGCUGGCUCAGUUUUAAAUUUCAAGGUCGACAGUGGAACGACAAAUAGUGUACGUAACACUGAGGGUGAUUCGGAAGCUGGUACGACAGCAGAAAACCAUGUCGAUACGGCCGGACAAGCCGCUUCUCUCAGUUCCUUGGAGGAGCUUGCAUCUGGUUUGGCCAGACGCGCACGUCGCAGGCCAAUUCUUGACCGUCAACUUAGCGAUUCCAGUAGCUGGACUACUUGCGGUGAAGACGGAGGAUCAGAAAGGGUCCGUUUCGAUGAUCAUGUUAGUUUUAUUGAAGCUGACCAGGAGGCUGGUCCUAGCAGUGGCUGCAGCACAGCAAAUCGGGGCCCGGGAAGGCGUAAGCGAAACAAGGACCACGAUCAGGAAAUCGAAAUAGCGUCGAGAUCUCCUUCGAAUCCAAGAUCUUCCAACAAUGAUUCUAACGUCGACGCUGCGGCAGAUGAUCACCCGAGGGAGAGGGUAAACGUCGCUACUCUGCGCAGUGUGUUCUUUCACAAUGGUUCAAAUUUUGAAAGAGAAAAGCGACUACCUGUGAUAGAAGAACCUUGUCCCAUCGAGACGCGACAAAGCCGUGUGGUCAAAGAAGCAAAGCCUAUAAUCGCAUCACGACCAACCCAUAGCGCCGAUGUCGAAGUACCAGAACUUCCUCAGCGAUCGUAUCAUGUCAUAAAGGAGGAGACGCCUCGUAUGGCGUCGAAAUCACCCCCCCUGUCAGAUGUGGAAGUGCCAGAAAUUGCGUCGCGACCAAAUCACGUGAUAAUGGAAGAGACGCCCCCAAUGGCAACGCGACCAACGCAGAUAGUCGAAAUUGAAGAACCGAAAAUGGCAUCGAAAUACGACUACAUAAUAGAGAAAGAAAGACAACCAGAAAUUGCAUCGCUACCAAAUCACGUGAUAAUGGAAGAGACGCCCCCAAUGGCAACGCGACCAACGCAGAUAGUCGAAAUUGAAGAACCGAAAAUGGCAUCGAAAUACGACUACAUAAUAGAGAAAGAAAGACAACCAGAAAUUGCAUUGCGACCAGGCAAUGUAAUGGACGAAAAAAUUAUUUGCCCCGUUGAGUCGAAACAUAGCCAUGUUCUCGAAGUUGAGAAAUCUUGCCCAGUAGCAUCUCCCCAUUAUCAACUCACGCAAAGUUAUUGCGAGAAUGACAAUGUUCGUAUCAAGGAGGAUAAUUCUCAUUGCUGAAAUGAAUUUACGGUAAGAUGAGAGUUAUGUUUAUAGUUGUGCUUAAUACCCUGCAACAUGCCUUAGAACGCGCAUGAAAAUGAAUUCGCGGAACAUGCAUUCCUGGCAUUCUGAUAUGUGCGUCGGACAUGUAAGUAUUCACACAUGGAUGAUGAUUUUGAUUACAAUUACAUGUUGAGUUGUUAUCCGCUUCGUGAAACCGAAAAAUCCUGUUACGCUAAUAAACAGCAUAUUCGACGUCUACGCGAGCAGAUUUAAUCAGUAACGACGAGUCGAUAUGGUAUACUAAGAAGUAUUAAUCGCGAUUCAGGGUGCUUGAGCAACUCAAGACGACUUCUGUGCAAGCAACGCGCCUUCACGCUCAACUCUUUGAAAUUUCUGUCGGUGUAUCGCAUAACGUUGAAAUGCAGAAGUAUAGUAACGUCAACGUUUUAUGUUUGUCAAUGUUUGUGACGAUAAGCGAUAAUCGUAAUUUGCAACGAUUUGGCGUGAGAAUGAGUUUAAGAAAUUGAACAUUUCUUCAACGAAACUCGACACUAUCUAGUCAAAUAAAGAAUGAAAAAACAGAAAUCACUAAAAUAUACACUCUAACAUAGUCAAAGAGAAGACAAUAUCACAGUGUGGUGCGACGAUUAGAAAACUAAAAUCUGAAGUCGCAUUGCAAUUUAUGUAAAUUUUAAUUGGUCAAUGAUCACAUGUUCACUUUUCCAUCACUCGAAAAUACCGUAUGACUAGCCAGAUUAUGCAUUUUUUUUUUUUACUUUUAAACUGUAACUUUCUUUGGUGUUACGUCACUUCGCCCAUCAACCUAUGAAACUACUCUUUUGUGAAGAUUUCACAAUUUAUCACAUCAUUUUUGCUUCAUUCUAAAAACUGAUCUUUGAGUAUAAUCAAAGUUUUGAUAUUGUUCAAAUUGAAUUGCAGUGAUUUCUUUAAAAUUACCAACUUUUCCUGCACAUGACAAAUUCUCUGACAGUGUAUUCUUUCUAGAUUUUAUAUCCAAUUGACAAUCCAAAUUCGAAUUGUAAAUUACAUAUAAUUCGACAGCAGACAGAUUUAUUCUCAUUUCUUAAUCCCUGGUGGAUACGAAAAAUAGAAAUACGUUUCAAAC